CCAUGGGCUGCGUCUGACGGUGUGUUAUCGGGGCGACGGGAGCGAGGUGCACGGCGCCGGCCAGCAGGCAGCAAGAAGGGAUAUUCGGAGGUCCGGUCCAGGGCUAUCGGUAGUGCGUCGCGGGGUGGCUGGCAGCCGUGCUGGUGUUUGUUUGCGCCUGCCGUGGACAGCGGCAACUUCCGGGUCUGGCUUGAAUCACCCAUCCAACGCACCACGGCGCAUCCAUCGCAGGAUUUCGCUCGCCGCGAGCACAUCCAACACCUGCCCAAGACACGGCUGCUCCAUCUCCUCUGCGAUAUGCCGACGCCUCGGUCGUCCCUCGGCUUCGUACUCGCGCUGUUGGUGGGAGCAGUGCAGCUCCUUGCCAUUGUUGGUGCGGCAUCGUCCUCAUCCUCAUCUGCGACGCUCUCGCACAUUAUGGAAGUCCAGGCUGGCUCUCCAGAGUGGCCGCAAGAUUGUCCUCGGCGAAGCUCGAGGAUUCCGUUUCCGCUGUUCGCCUCCAAGUUCAUCUAUGCCGUGCCAAGGUCGAUCGCCCCGCUGUACAUGAUAUUCAUGGCGUACAAGACCGACGUUCAAGUUCGGACGACCAUCCUCAAGCGCCAGGCCCGGAUUCUCCAAGCCCUCGAUUCCGAGCUGGAUGGCUCGGUUGUCGGUCGUACAUCCAACUUGACUCUGGCUCCGCCGGGCAGCCCGCAGCCGAUUCUGCCUCGGGUGACAGCCCGCGACUGCUUGGCACGGGAGAUCCUCCUGCUGGUCGACGACACCCUCCUGGAGUUCCAGCACGCUGAGCUGGAGUGGAGCAAUUCCACCUUUGCGGAUCUGCCUCGGUUCACUUCGUCCAGUAUCAGAGGAUCGUCGUGCCGGCGGCUGACAAAGCCGCCUCCGUUUCCCCGGACCCUCGAGAAGGUCGCCGCAGACCAGCAGCUGGACAAAGUCUACGAGGGCUGGAAGAGCGACACCAAGGCCUUUCUGCUGAUAUCAAGCCACAACGUCCGGACGCUCGAGAUGCUGCUGGACAAUGCCAUCCAGGCGAGCAGGCAGAAGCAAAGGCCCUCGAGCACUGCGUCCACCAUCAAGCCGGGCGCAGGCCACAUGGGCCUCGACGACUCUGACUUUGACUGCGUCCUGAGGGAGAUGAAUUCGCUGCUUGUCGAAUACGUGCACAUUGCCCGGAGCGUUGCCAAAGUCAUGCGCUCGCUGAAACCAGUGUAGUCAGUGCCAUGUACACAGCGGGCAGCAGACCGAAGAUUGUCGUGGCUGGUCAUCCGUUUGCUCAGG